CUUCUAUACCAUUUUCAUUCCUCUCUUUUCCAGUUUCUCACCCGAAAAUUCUUUCUAAUUAUUUCCGUAUUUUAACUACUACUACUAUUAAAUAUCAAAAAUAAGUUUUCUUCUUUAUUCACCUAUAAAAAUAUAAAUUAAAACCUACUCCUUCCUAUCGUUCCGCCUUCCCCUUAUUCUUCUCUCCACGUCUCUCUCUCUCUCUCUCUCUCUUUCUGCAGAAACAUUCAACAACUCUCACGAUGAUGGCGGUGGAUCUUCUAUCGGAAAACUCUAACAUGAGUCCAAGAAUCUCGUUCUCUCGUGAUUUCUGCCAAUCCGAUGCAAUACCGGUCGAGAAACGUCCGCUACGAUCAUCUCCCAAUUCCAAACCGUCGAGUCUCAACUCAAGCGUCGAUUUCGAUUUCUGCAUUCCCGGCGGCGUAACUUCCGGCGAGAGCUUCGACCAAGGCUCUUGGUCCGCCGACGAGCUUUUCCGCAACGGGAAAAUAUUGCCGACCGAGAUCAAGAAGAAGAAGAAACCCGAAUCACCACCGCCACCUGAGAAACGCAAACCGGAUAAAAAAGCAUCCGAUACCGGUCCACCCGAACCGUCUAAACCGGAUAGUAGAAAACCGAGAAAACCGGUUGAAGUAGACGAAGAUGACGCCGUCGUAACGGAGGAGAAACCGAGUACGAAGUCGUUUUGGGGGUUUAAGAGGAGUAGCAGUUUAAACUGCGGGAGCAGUUACGGACGGAGUUUAUGUCCGUUACCGUUACUAAACCGGAGCAAUUCGACCGGUUCGACUUCCAGUAAACCGAAACAGAGCUCGAGGAAACACGCAACAGAGCAUAUAAAGCUACAACAAUCGUCAUCGUUAUCAUCUUCGUCUUCUUGUUCAUCGAGUAACAGUAGCUUUCAGAAACCGCCACUGAAGAAGAAUUACGGAGGCUACAGUUACGGAAGCCAUGGGAGUGGAACUAGAGUGAGUCCGGUUAUAAACAUGGUUCCAUCUGGGAACUUGUUUGGUUUGGGUUCUCUAUUCUCUGGAAAUGGAAGAGACAAGAAUAAGAAGAGAUAGGUUUGGUUCUGAUUUGGUAAGAGAGAUAUUAUUCCUGGGUUUACUGUUUGAUCCUGCUUCUUCCUUCUUCUCUGUUUCUUUCUCUGAAACUCUGAAGAUUUUCUGACAGUGUGUUUUGUGGGUCCUAUUGCCAACCUCUUUGUGUCAUUUUUUAGAUUGUUGUGGUGUAAUUGUUUUUUUGUUUGAUUUGUUAGUUUGUCUUCUAUCAAUGUUUAAUUCUAGAUUUUAUAUUUCAA